AUGGAGGGGAUGCUCUCCAAGCUAGCACGAACUCUCAAGCCUUCCCCGAUCCAGGAGCUCUCCCAUCUGGCGCAGAGAUGCGGAGCCAUCAAUCUCGCCGAGGGGUUCCCCGACUUCCCCGCCCCGGCCGAGAUCAAGAAUGCUGCCAUUUCGGCCAUCGACUCCGACUUCAACCAGUACAGGUGUGUGGGGGCUGUUGUAACGCGAAACUUGGUGUGUAUCUCAUCGACGUAAUGCUGUGAUUGAUCAGAGUGGCGCCACUCGAGUUAUGAACUGCAUAGGAUCCAAUCUGUUUAAAUGAACUGGAUCCAAUUUUGUUUGGCUCCUGAUUCUAUGAUAGGUGUUUGUUUGUUCUUUCACAAAUCCUGCUGGGAAUGUCAGGCACGACGAUAUAUUGCCAUAAUUUUUAAAACGAUCAUAUAAUUUUUUUUAUUUGAUUUUUUUCUUUACGAAUGAAUGACUCACUAUGGGAUGCACCUCGCAGAUUACAUUUUCUCCAGAAACUCUCGCAUAUUGUUCCUAGUUCUGAAAGAACAAUUCUACAGCUGUAUCGUAUCUCUUUCCCUUGACAAUUCCUUAAAGGAAUCGAUGACAUGCUUACACGGAAAACAGAAAACGGCUUUUGAAGAGAAUCAUUUGGAACAUGCAUUUUGCCAGUCUACCGGCUUACAUAGCAGAAAAGGCCUCAGGUUUUUCUUAUAACAUGUUGUCCCGUCACGUAAGACAGGAUAUUUGACACGCAAAUGUUUUUCAUGUCAAUUGAUUCACGAAGCUUCAGAUUUUCAAUUUUGAUUACAUAUUUUUCUGUCAAUAGAAUAUGAAAAGUUCCAGUUUCUUUUAUGUUUUACGAGUGAUUUGAUUGAGUUCUGGGGGAAUAUUUUUUAAUUUUGAAUAUUUAAAUCAACUCUACAAAGACUAAGGUUAAGCACACAUUUACCAUACCGCUAUAUGAAUAUGUACGUUCAUACAAGUAGCCUGGGAUUGUAGAAAAUUAUAUCUGUUCUCACAUAGUUGAUUUUGUAUCCGGCAUAUCUAACAAUGUCCACAUUUUCAUGUUGUCUCUCCCAUAAUCAUUGAACUCUGGAGCUGAUCAGGAUUUCCCGACAAGUUUGGUCAUAGAUAUUGCCUUGGUAGCAAACUCAUAUAUGAUAAUUACUGUAAAGAAGUGUAUGUUCUCUUCUUAUUCAUUGAAAUUCCUUUAAGAUUUCAUUUUCUCUCUCAGACAUGUGCAGGGCAUUUGUGACAAGUUAUCAAAGAUAAUGAAGCAAAAUCAUGGCCUAGAUUUCGACCCUCUUACAGAUAUAGCUAUUUGUUGUGGUCAGACGGAGGCAUUUGCUGCUGCGGUUUUUGCGAGUACAUUCUCUAUUUGACAUCUAUCUCCUUGGAAUGUAUAUUUAAAUAUCUCUUUCCCUAUCAGAUGGCCGGCAUUCAUUUAUUUCAUUUACCCAAACAGCAAUCAGUCCAGGUGAUGAAGUUUUGUUGUUUGAUCCUUGCUAUGAGACAUAUGAGACAUCCAUUGCUAUGGCCGGAGGAAUCCCUGUAAGGCAAUUCUUUUAAGUAACAUUUUAGUGUUCUUUUUAACUUUAAUAAAACAAGUUUUCCGAUCAUUUCCAUGCUAAAAUAUCAAAAAUCUCAUUGUGACUCAUGGCUAUCAUUCCAUAAUUCUCAAGCAAAUGCCUCCAAGUUUUUUUCACGAGAUGAACUUUGAUGUGAGAUGAUUAUGUAGGUUUAUGUACCACUAGAUCCACCUCAAUGGGCUUUGGAUGAAGACAAAUUCAUGAAGGCUUUUACUCCUAGAACAAAAGCAGUAGUUGUGAACAGGUUACUUCUCUAUUUAUUAAUUCAUUUUAUUUUGUCUAUAACCCAUACAUAUCUUUGUUUUUUAAUAAUUUUAGACGUUAAAAUCAUUCACUGGUCACACCACAUCACUUGUAACCCAAUGGCCAUCAACAAUGAUAUGCGUUCUGAGAAUCUCUUUCUCCCUAAGACUCAGUGAAAUUGAAUGGAUUGAAUUACACUACAUAGUUAAUAAACUCCAUGAAUUUUUAUUACAAAGUGAAGCGGAGGUAGCUGAAUUAAUGAAAACUCACAGACCUGGUGGAGAGUGAGCUUAUAUACUGUGGUUGAGGGUUGCAAAAUAAUAUUUACACUUGAGUGAACUUGGGCAGCAGGCCAAUGAGUAAGAGUGGAUGCGAAGUGGAAGGUUUAUAUUCUUCAGCUCCUGAUGAGCUAGAAUUAAUGAUGAUAUUGAAUAUAGAAAUGAAUUAUCUUCAUUAUUACAUCUACAUCCUGGAUCAUUCUAAACUUUCGACCAUAAUAUCGUGUCAUUCUUCCCCAGAGUCGCAAGUUAUCAAUUGGUGUAGUUGGCUUUCUCUUGUCAUAUAAAGUAAAUUUGUUGAGACGUUAAUUUUACAGUGUAAUUUUCUCCAUUUAAUUUCAUCGAAAUCAUGAGGAAAGUAAAACCCUCGAAAUAUGUCAUUGUUGCUGAUCAUUUUCUUUCAAGUGACGUGGUUCAGCCAGUGAAUAAUUUUGACAUUUUCAAGUUAUAUAAGGAUCACUAUGAGAGUGUUAGUAUGUGUUAUCCAUAAAAGCAGAGUGGAAAUUACAAAUGCCAGUUUCAGAGAAUGGUGUGUCCUGCUCUAGGAGUAAGAACAAUUGCAAAUCUUGUAAUUAUAAAUACUGAGCAAUGCUGUGACGAUGUUAUGAUCUCACGAUAUUUCUGCGAAUAGAGAGGAUAAACGGUUGAAUGGAUAAUCAGGAUCAAUGCUCUGAUGUAACAUCACUCAUGGUAAAGAUUUUGGUAGAAGGAAGAAUAAAAAGCAGAGGAAGAUAGAUAUUUUUGGCAGAACUCUCCUCAGGGAAUGUGGUGCAAAAUGGAGGUGUUCCUAUCUCACAUCCCUCUUUUCCGGGUGUUCCAUUCAAAUAAGUCUAGACCCCGACAGCAAAAAAAACCUUCGCCCUUGUGUACAUAAUGAAACUUUCGAAUGCUAGAUAUACUCUAUGGGACGUCAGCAUCGAAAAAGAUGGGGGAGUUUUACCUAUACGGGCAUUCGUUCAUUUAUUGUAGAGGAAAGUGUUCCUUAUAUGCUUAGAAAAUGUUUUGUGCCAAAAAAAAAUUCUUGUGGUUUCCCUCUUGAAGUCAACACAUUUGCCUAAACAUGCAUGCAUGUAAGCAAAAGCUCUUUGUUUUAUGUUCAAAUAGGCUAACGCUUGGUUAAAUAUUUGGUUUAAAACUAAGAAGCUUUUGCUUGAUAUGCUAGUGUAGUUGGUCAAUUGGUCAUAGUUUUGACACGGAAGCUUGUAUCAUAUGCAAAUGUUUAGUAAUGUCUCCAAAAAAAUAUAAUCAUUUACAGCUAAAUUUGUUCAAAAACCAGUGUUUUACGCAGCCUAUAUUCUCCACUCGGCGUUUUUUAUCUUCUUAGAUUCGUCUUGAUUGUAUUUGUUACGACAAACGGAAUAAAAAAAAAUCUUUCCGUGCAACAUUGUGCCAAGAAAGAUGUUACUUUUGACUAUCAUGCUUCCCGGUAUAUAUGUACUCAAUCAAUGAAGGUGACAACGAUUUAAUAUCAAAAAUUAUUUGAGCCAUUUAGGAAUCACGUUUCGAACUAUUUUUAACUUUUUGGUGUCGCAUUGGGAAAGAUAGUUUCUGCUUAGUUUGUGUUUCUAAUUGCAAGUAUGCAUUGUCAAACUAAUGGAUGCUGACACAGUCCACACAAUCCAACUGGUAAAGUUUUCUCAACGGAAGAGCUUGAAGCCAUUGCCAAAGCUUGCUGCACAAUGGAUUGUGUUGCUAUUACAGAUGAAGUAUGCUUUCUUUUCUUCAGAGAAAAUCAACACGGUUCCUUUUUAACGAUUUAUUCAACAAUCUUUGGGUUUUGUAUUCUGUGGCUCGUGAUUUUAUGGAAUAUAUGUAUUGAAAUAAGAUUGGAGCUUUUUAAGAAAGAAAUGAAAUCUCUGGCAAUGAUCUCAAAGUAAGCAUCCUUUCUCCUGGAAACCAAGGUGAGAAUGAUACAAGCUUCAAAUUUCUGUGUCUCAAAAGUGAACUAUUGGAUAGAAUAUUGGAGGUUGAGUAUUGAAAGAAGUUUGUGUAGAAAUUGAGCUAUGGUUGGGUUUGAUUAAAAUAUGGAUCUGCUCUCUAGGAGAUGAAAAGGAGGCUUGUGUUUCUGUGUGGUAGACCUGUAAAUUUUGCUCCAGCUAUCCCCUCCGAGUGGAUCCAAUGUUGCUGAAUCUUUGGUUUACUUUGAUGAGUUAUCAGGCGUCUGUCUGACUACAAUAGAAAGUAAUGAUUUGAAUUAACGGAAUAAUGACUUGAUCUUGUGAAACGGUCGUGUAUGAUUCGUGGCUUGCUAAGGAUAAUGUAGACAUUCAAAGAUGAAAUCGAGCUCAGCGUUAGCAAUGGGAAGGCGUCCAUUCGUAGGAACCUUGUUGGCUUCUUACUUGGGAAGCGUGUCCUACUCUAACGGUCAAUUGUUUCAGGAUUUAACAAGAAAGCAAGUAUGAUAAAACAGUUGAGUUUGGAUUCAACUCUCGAAAGAAUAAAACACUUGGCAUUUAAGCAGAUCAACGUAUGCAUUAUUUUUAUUUCUUUUCCCAGUAUUGCUGAUCUAUCAACCUUGGUUCGGGCUUUGACUUGUUUUUACAUAGAUUGUUAAAUGAACUACAUCACUCAUAAAUUCGCCCAAGCAUAAAUUUUCAUAGGACGCAUGAAUGUGCUUUUUUCCCUUUGCCAUGCUAAAAUUUAGUUUACGUAUUCAUUUGACAAAAUUGUAAGGAUAUGGAAACAUGUUCGCCGAUAAUUUGUAUUGGUAAGCUUGUGGAAAAGUGGAAUUGAAAAAAUGGGUUUUCCCGAUAACUCUAUAUUUGUUUAUUUUACCUUUUAAAGCUGUAAAAAUGCUUCUGAAAAAAUUACCGUAGGAUAAUGUUCUAUUUUCUCCACAGGUAUAUGAAUUCAUAACGUUUGAAAGGAAGAAGCACUCAUCAAUCGCCUCCUUUCCAGGGAUGCAAGAACGAACAAUUAUAACGUCAUCCUUGUCUAAAACUUUUAGUGUCACUGGUAAGACAUUUGGAGUAGGUUUUUCGUAUUGUCACUGUUACUCAUGUCAAGUUCGGUUUUAUAAUACCAUCAUACCGGCUCCAAAGUCAAUAAUCUACUCGAUUACAAUCAUGAUGUGAUCUUGAAAGGUAGUAGAGGUCUUGUGCCGGUCGUUUUUUCUUUUUUAUACACAUGGUUUCAGAUUUGAAAUGGAGAGAUAAAUUUUGGAUGAGAAUUCGAAAAUUAUUCGAACUUCAGUAAGGAGAAAGGAGACGAAUUAUGCGCUCAGAAACUCGAAGACAUAUCAUGACACGAUUAGAUUUUCCAAUAGGAGGAAUCAUUCCCAAUACCAUUAAACUUUUCAUGCUGCUUUUUCUGUCAUAUUUUUGGAGAUUCGGCCUCAGGGUUUCCUCCUUCAUUCUAAUUUGUGUCCCUCCAUUUCCUUUCUGAGAUAUAAUCAUUCGGCCAUCCAAACUGUUUUCAGGUUGGAGGAUUGGUUGGGCAAUGGCACCUGCUGUCUUUGCAUCUGCGAUAAGGAACAUACACAUCAAACUCACUGAUUCAGCCCCAGCACCUUUCCAGGAAGCCGCCUUGACUGCUCUGAGCAGCCCACCUCAAUACUUCGAGUCGCUGAGAAAAGUUAGAACUCGAUUCCGACAUGAUCAGAGCUACCGAUUGUCUGCACUGAUUUGUCUCACAAAUACCCAUUUUAUCUUCCCGGUUAUUGCUCAUAUGUCAGGACUACGAAGCAAGGAGAGAUCACAGUAUCCAAAUGCUGGUGGCGUUCGGCUUUGGAGUCCAGUUCAGGCCUCAGGGUUCCUUCUUCGUUUUCGCAGAGCUCCCAGGGGACUGGAUAUCGUCUGAUGUAUGGUUUCUCCCAUCUCCCCUACUCAUCUCUCAGACUUUGCUUCCAUUUUCUGCUUGAGGAUUCAUGGGUUCCUCCUCAUCAGUCCAUUUCGUGCUACUUACGGAGUAAAAACUGUGAUUCGUAGGUGGAAUUUGUUGAGGCCCUGAUUAAGAAGGCUGGGAUCGCUGCUGUUCCCGGCUGCGGGUUCUUCCACACGCCCUCAGAUGGCCAACAGCAUCAGAGAAGGUAUGUGAGAUUUGCUUUCUGCAAGAGCAUGGCUACUCUUACCGCAGCAGCUGAGAGGAUGAGUGAGCUAGUCGGCAUUACAGACGACAUUAUAUUCAGAAAGUAA